UCCGAGUACCUUUGAAUGCACCAGCAUCACACUGAACUAGGAUUGGCAGAACAGGAAGUUGUCAUGAUGUAGAUGCCUUGAGGACAUUUUCACAGGGAGAAGAGCGGCUUCUGGUUUCUUGUCUCACGUAUUGAUACAAGCCGAGCCAUGGCCAGCGUCCAGAUCAGGAAGUACCGGGACGAGGACGCCGAGGUCGUCAAGGAGCUCUUCACCCUGGGGAUGAGCGAGCACGUGCCGUCGUCCUUCACCCACACCCUCAAGCAGCCGCUGACCCAGAUGGUCCUCAUGUGCAGCUUCUGCGCUCUCAUCACCAGCUCCAAGUCCUUCCUGCUGCCCGUCCUGGCGCUCACGCUCCUCCUGGCCGGAGUGCGGCAGAUGGUCGUCUACAUGUUCAACCGAUACAUAGACGCCUCGCUCGGCAAGGACCUCGGCAGCAUCGGCGAGACCUACCUGCGGCGGAAGGAGUCGUGCUUCUGGGUGGCGGAGAGCGACGGCCGGGUGGUCGGCAUGGCGGCGUGCCUCCCCGCCGAGAACGCGCCCGGGUGCCUGGAGCUGAAGCGCAUGUCGGUGCGGCGCAGCCACCGGGGCCUGGGCAUCGCCAAGGCCCUGUGUCGGACGGUGGCGGACUUCACGCGGGAGCGGGGUUUCCCCGCCGUCAUCCUUUACACCUCGGUGGUGCAGACCGACGCCCAGAAACUGUACGAGCGCAUGGGUUACACGAAGACGAGGGAGUUUGUUGUUCCCGAGCUGGCGGCUAAGAUCCUGAACUUCACGCUGUUCGAGUACAAGCUCGACCUGCAGCAGAACAGAGAGAGGGACUGAAACGUUUUGGGUUGAACGAACCUGAAAUGAUUGCCGCGCUUCCCGACGCCGCUGUGCCACCAAGGGGACAGCGUGUACGAAGCAAGCUUUCUGCAGCCCAUCUUUAUCGGGAUAUUUCUAGUGUGCCACGCGGUGCAAAAACACCCGAGAGGCUAUUAAAGGUUGUGUGUUUGCUGACUUUAA